AUGGCCAAAGGACUGCCCCAAAAAGCGAACGAGCUGCUGGAUAUUGAAGGACAAAACUCGGUGGCGCCACUGGCGCUAUCAAACUCGAAGCCGAAGAAGAAGCCAAGCAGACUGGAUCUGGGGCCAUUGCUGUCCCGGCACAAACACCACAGCCUGAGCCUCAAGAGUCGUGACAGCAACCGAGGGAGUCCAGUGCUCGGGCCAGACCAUGUUACCAAGUCCCCAUCUCUUGCCUCCCUCACCUCCCCAAAAUCAACACCACCGCCCAUUCAGCAGCGGACGGAGAAGAAGCUGGUAAGACGGAGCACAUACGAGCGUAUGGUUGAGAACUUGUCAUCAGGUCGCCCAAGAACGGGGUCAAGUAGCCGACGAGGCGCCAACGAUAUUAGCACACUGCCCAAUCUGUACGAGCAUUAUGAGCAGAUGUCGUUUGACCAGGUGCUGGGCCACGAUGGGCCUCUCGCAAAAUCGGAUCAGACCAUGACCAGAAAUGGUCCCACACAACUGAGAUCACCACCCACAACAGACCAGAGGCAGAGUGUCAUGAGACCCGGAGUUCGCCCGCACCAGGCUCCGCCACCACAGGUUGCUCACGUCGUUGCGCCGAGUGUCCCAAACCCGCCCAUCCCACAGAUGACAAUGGCAGAUCGCGAUUGCGCAUCCAGCGUUUCGAGCCGCUAUACCAAGACGUCCAAAGCGUCAAAACGAACCAGCCGGAGUAUUGGUGGAUCGGAUUUGAUGGAGAAGAGCGUGCUCUCGUUGUCGUCCGACUCUGAAGAUGACUUCUUCCCUGACUCCAUCUCGAAAUCCACUGGCGAAUCUCAGAGCAGUGAUGCUGGUAGUCUGGCUCCCUCAUCGCUGAAGUCGUUCCGAUCUCGCGACGCGCCCUCUCUUUCUCACAGCUCCAGAAAGUCUGUCAAGCACGCAAGUUUUGCUCCGACCAAUACGUAUCUCACUAUACCCGCCAAAUCGCCUCCAUCCAAGGCCCCAAGCCCCAGUGCGCGAAUGAGCUCUCUUCCGCCCACACGAUACCAGCCGCCAGCGCCUUCCAAUCGCUCAUCGUUGUACUCUACGAAGUCAACAUCGACGACGAACUCCGGCAGCGAUCGACAAGGCCCUCGGUCAGUUUACAGCUCUCAAGAGUCACGAGGCGCCGCUGCCAUGCCUGCCAAGCAGCCUCUUCCAAAGCCCGAAAGAGUGGUCGAAACACCGCAGCGUAUGCUGUCAACAAAGUCAUCAACACAUUCUGUCGACCAGCCGACUCCUCCACUAAGUCCCACGUCCGUAGAGACUUUCAGCACGUCGACUGAAUCUAUCGAUGCUCAAGGUGGAUCGGAUUCGAGAUUUAUGGCCGUAACUCGGCAAGAAGAGAUGCUCCUUGCUGCUCUUCGCAUGAAGCGAGCACGUAUGCGCGAAUCAGUCCUCGCAGAAUACGAGGACGAGGCGCAAUAUGGUACGCAGUACCACCACCAACGUAACUCAUCGCAGAACACCAUCAAGGAAAUGCAAUGGCCCGAGCCUCCUCAGACUCUGCGUCAUCAGACUUCCACCACGUCCAGCAGCACGAUCAAGGCGGGCUCGCAUACACCGUCCGAAGGGCGUCCGGGGUCAUUGGCCGGCGGACGAAACCACAGUCGAAGUAACUCUCGACACCUCGAUUUGCCGCUUUCCUCGUCACGAAACGGAUCCCUGCCGUCGUCACGGGCAAGCAGCUUAAGGAGGUCCAGAGUGGCCCAGGAGAUGCCGCAGUCAGAGGCGAAGCAUGAGCGAAUUCUGCUGUACCUGGACCGACCUGUCGGCAACGUCAACUCGAUGGAUUUUGCCGAACCGAGCCCAGACCUGAGUGACUUCAUGGAUUUUGACAACGGUAGUGAAGAGGAGGAGGAACCGUCAAUGUUUCGGCCACGCCUUCAGGGGUUUGGCGUGCCAAACAAGGGGCGAGGACGUAUGCUGAGGACGAGCGAGCGGGGACGUCACGACUCUUCCCCUUUGAGACCUCGCAACCUCGCAGAAGUUCCGGGGCAGAUCCACGUGGUUGAGUCUGAGAGCGAUCUCGAGCCGAUGGCCGGGAUCCCGAGACCAGACUCUCCUGUCUCACCCGAAGGGACGCUUCCCCUGCCGAACCAUGGGCUGUCGAAGAAGAAGGCCGUUCGGCUGAGUGCCGUCGGCAACGCUGGUGGUGUCGAAGCCGGCUGGUGGGGAGAUGAUGGUUGA